AUGGCUCCAGACCUCAACUCCCUCCCCUCGUCGCCUCUGGCGCAGCCCGCCCACGGCAAGUCGACCAAUGGUAACAGCGCAGCCAACGGCAACGGGUCGGCCAGCGCGAAGCAGCCAAACAUUCUCUUCAUCAUGGCCGACCAGCUGGCCGCGCCUCAACUGAAGAUGUACAACCCCGAGUCCCAGAUCAAGACACCAAACUUGGAUGCUCUUGCCGCCGAGUCUGUCCAGUUCGAUUCGGCUUACUGCCCCUCGCCGCUGUGCGCACCCUCGCGCAUGAGCUUGAUCACAGGACUUCUUCCCAUGAAGAUCGGCGCAUACGACAACGCCAGCCAAAUCUCGAGUGAGAUUCCUACUUAUGCGCACUACCUGCGCUUGAAGGGUUAUCAAACGGCUUUGGCUGGCAAGAUGCACUUCAUUGGUGAUCAACUACACGGUUAUGAGACUCGUCUCACCAGCGACAUCUACCCGGGCGACUUCGGCUGGGUUGUCAACUGGGAUGAGCCUGACACUCGCCUCGAGUGGUACCACAACUCAAGCUCUAUCCUUCAGGCCGGUACCUGCGUGCGAAGCAACCAGCUGGAUUACGACGAGGAGGUUAUGUAUCGGUCAACCCAAUUUCUUUAUGACCACGUCCGUGAGGGUCCCGAGAAGCGUCCUUUCGCUCUUACCGUGUCUUUGACUCACCCUCAUGACCCGUACACAAUCGAGGACAAGUACUGGGACCUGUACGAGGACGUCGACAUUGCCCUCCCCAAGGUCCGCAUUCCUAAGGAGGAGCAAGACCCCCACAGCAAGCGCCUCAUGAAGGUCUGUGAUCUAUGGGACUACGACUUCACCGACGAGCAGAUCAAGCGAGCCCGCCGCGCCUACUACGGCGCUGUCAGCUACGUCGAUGACUGCGUCGGGAGACUACUGUCGGUUUUGAAGAAGUGCGGUCUUGACGACAAUACCAUCAUUGUCUUCAGCGGUGAUCACGGUGACAUGCUUGGCGAGCGUGGGCUUUGGUACAAGAUGAGCUACUUCGAGUCCUCUGUCAGAGUUCCUCUCUUCGUUCGCCACCCCCAUCAGUUUGAGCCUCACCGCGUGACCAAGAAUGUGUCAACUCUCGACAUCCUUCCGACCCUCUGCGAUCUGGUCGGCACGAAGCCUGCACCCGGUUUGCCGAUGGAUGGCAAGUCCUUGCUGCCUCACCUGGAGGGCAAGACGGGUCACGACAAGGUCUACGCCGAGUACACCGGUGAGGGCACUAUCAGCCCGCUCAUGAUGAUUCGUGAGGGACCCUGGAAGUUCAUCCAUUGCCCUGUGGACGGCACCCAGCUUUUCAACCUCGAGCACGAUCCCCUGGAACUGGUCAACCUGGCAUCCCAAAAGGCCAUCUCCGGAAAGGUAUUGGAGGAAGAAGCCAAGGCAAAGCUCGAGGAGUACACGGCCGAGACAAAGGCUAAGUGGGACUUUGACGCCAUCACGGAGCAGGUUCUGCAGUCUCAGCGCAAGCGUCGGCUGGUAUGGGGAGCUCUCACCCAGGGUGCUUUCACCAGCUGGGAUUACGAUCCGGUUGACGACGGCAGAAUGAAGUACAUUCGCUCGCAGAUCCCUCUUGAUGACCUUGAGCGUCGCGCUCGUUACCCUCCCGUAGACAAGUACGGCCGGGAGGUCGACAGAGCGACGACUGGUCAAAGAGUUCUCUAUGGCCAAGCCGGAUCUCACGGCCAGUAA